GAGAGAGAGAGAGAGAGGCAGAGGGAGCGCGCAGCCGUUUGGAAUCACUCCACUCUCUCAUCACACACGGUGCAGCCGCGCGCUCCGUGCCGGACCGGAGGCGGACAGAGUUUGUGGCGGAGGAGCGGUGUCCGUCUGUCGGGGAAAACUACUUGGAUGCCCGCUGCUGACUCCCGGACCUGCCGGACCUGCUCUUUCUUUUUCUGGUGAUUUUUUUUUUUUUUUUUUUUUUUUUUUUUUUUUGUACCGUUUUCUCUCCGCUUCGGCGCUUCAUCCGCCGCCCCCUCCUCCUCAGCCUGCCACCGGAGGAUGCUGCCGUCGGUUCACACCGCCCGGUGGUAGCGGAGACCCAGCCCUACACAGCCUCCCGGAACCCCCCUCCCUCCUCCCCCCUGCGAGUGCUGUGACCCCGGUCCGGACGGGUCUCCCACGGCUGUUCUGCAGCCGUUUCCCCGGAGAGAGGAGGACACCGCCGGCUUGACGCGCAGCUUUCUGGUCACGACCAGACCGGACAGAAAAUUUGAGAGGAAUUGGAGGAAUAAUUAUUUCUGUCAGUCCCGCUGGAUUGUUGUAUUUGUUUUCCGCUGUUUUCCCGGCGUUGUGGAUUCUUAAUUUCGGGGUUUUCCGGAGGUCUGGAGCGGCUCCGUCUGGGCAGCGAGGGGGAGCGGAGCCUGUAGCCGGGCUGGAGCGCUCAGAGCCGGGGAACCGCGCAGCUCUCACCCGGGCCAGAGCGGUGCUGUCGGGCGGAGUCAUGGCGCUGAGCCGGGAGGUGCUGGUCCUGGCGGCGGUCCUGCUGGCUUCCUGCGGCGCCGCGCCCUCCGACAUCCUGUACCGGGUCCCCGAGGAGCAGCCGCCCAACACGCUGAUCGGCAGCCUGGCGGCGGACCAGGGCCUGCCGGACACGGGACACCUGUACAAGCUGGAGGUGGGCUCGCCGUACCUGAGGGUGGACGGCAAGACCGGCGACAUCUACACCACGGAGAUCCCCAUCGACCGCGAGACGCUGAGGGACUGCCGCAACCUGUUCGAGGGCGACAAGUGCUUCCUGGAGUUCGAGGUGUCCAUCACCGACAUGAUCAAGGGCAUGGGCCUGGGCCCGCGGCUCAUCGAGGGCCGCAUCGAGGUGCUGGACAUCAACGACAACACGCCGCAGUUCGCCUCGCCCAUCCUCACGCUGUCCAUCCCGGAGAACACGCACAUCGGCGCGCUCUUCUCCAUCCCCAUGGCCAGCGACAAGGACUCCGGCGCCAACGGCGUGGCCGAGUACUCGCUCAACGCCGGGCCGGACGCCGACCAGCUGUUCACCCUGCAGGUCGCCGUGGACACGGACGAGAAGCUGCCGCAGCUGGUCGUCAUGGGCAACCUGGACCGCGAGGUGAAGGACUCGUACGACCUGAACAUCCGGGUGGUGGACGGCGGGAAGCCGCCGAGGGCGAGCAGCGCCCUGCUGCGCGUCACCGUCACCGACCAGAACGACAACGCACCCAAGUUCGAGAGGAGCCACUACGAGGCGGAGCUGCCGGAGAACAGCCCGCUGGGACACUCUGUGCUGCAGGUCAGGGCCAAUGACGCCGACACCGGCACCAACGGUGAGAUCGACUACAGCCUCCACCAGGCGUCGGAGACCGUCCAGAGGCUCCUCCGCAUCGACCGCUCCACCGGCAUCAUUUAUGUCAAGGGCCUGGUGGACCGCGAGGAGGAGAACUUCCUCAAGUUCUUCGUGGUUGCCAAGGAUCGCGGGCCCAACUCCAAGAGCUCCAAGGUCGUGGUGACCAUCAAUGUCAAGGACCAGAACGACAACGCGCCCGCCAUCGAGAUCCGCGGCAUCGGCUUGGUGACGCACCAGGACGGCAUGGCCAACAUCUCUGAGGACAUGCCUAUCGGCACGCCGGUGGCUCUGGUCCAGGUGUCAGACCGUGACGAGGGGGAGAAUGCGGUGGUGACAUGUGUGGUCGCUGGUGACGUCCCGUUCCAGCUCCGACCCGCAAGUGAGUCGGCCAACGACCGGAAGAGGAAGUACUUCCUGCAGACAACCACCCUGCUGGACUAUGAGCGUGUCAAGGAGUACAAGAUUGAGAUUGUCGCCGUGGAUUCUGGGAACCCGGCACUGUCCAGCACCAACUCGCUCAGAGUCCAGGUCACUGACAUGAACGACAACACGCCAAACUUUUCUCCGGCGAUGUUGGAGGUGGACUUCGCGGAGGGCAACCAGCCAGGUGACAAGGUGCUCGAUGUGGUGGCAAGCGACGCCGACAGCGGCACCAAUGCAGAGCUGGCCUACAGCAUCAUCGAGCUGUCGGCCUCCAAGCUUUUCGAGAUUGACGCCAACACGGGCGAGGUUCGCGUGAAGAACCUGCUGGAUCGUGAAGACACAGAGCGCUACCAGUUCCACGUGGCAGCGGCAGACAAGGGCGUCCCCAGCAAGACCGGGACGGCCACGGUGGUGGUCAACGUGCUGGACCGCAACGACAAUGACCCCAAGUUCAUGCUAAGUGGCUACAGCUUCUCUGUCAUCGAGAACAUGCCUCCGCUCAACCCCGUCGGCGUGGUGACUGUCACAGACGCCGAUCAAGGCGAGAAUGCCAGGGUGAGGCUGUACGUGGAACCAGACAACGGCAAAUUUGUUAUCCAGAACGGCACGGGGACGAUCCUGUCCAGCAUCUCCUUUGACCGUGAGAAGGAAAGCACCUACACCUUUCGCCUGAAGGCCGUGGAUGCUGGCGACCCGCCGCGGUCCUCCUACGUGGGUGUGACCAUCAACGUCCUGGAUGAGAACGACAACGCCCCUUAUGUUACCAAGCCGUCCAACUCCACCUACAAGUACCUGACGCCCGUCACCGCACCCGACACCCGGGUGGAGAUGGUGGAGGCGGAGGACAUUGACUCAGGGCCCAACGCCGAGCUGGUGUACAGCAUUACCGGUGGAAACCCGUACGGCCUGUUCCACAUCUCACCCAACAGUGGCGAGAUCACGCUGGCGCAGGAGUUCACCCGCAAGCACAACGGCCUGCACCGCUUGGUGGUGCGGGUCAGUGAUAAGGGCAAACCCCCUCGCCACACCACCGCCCUGGUCCACAUCUUCGUCAACGACACGAUCGGCAACAUCACCCUCAUCGAGUCGCUGGUGGGCCACAGCCUUUACACGCCGUUGGACAGGGACAUCGCCGGCGACCCCAAUUACGCUCUUGCCCAGCGCAGCAACAUCCUGUACGGCAGCCUGGCGGGCAUCGCCGGCGUUAUCCUGGUCAUUGUGGCGGUGGUGGUCAUCAGACACCGGCUGCAGAAAGACACCAAGAGCGGCUACCAGGCUGGCAAGAAGGAGAGCAAGGAUCUGUACGCGCCCAAGCAGGGGCCCAAAAACGGCAAGGGCAAAAAGAGCAAGAAGGGCAAAGCUCCCAAACCGACCAAGCCGCUGGAGGAGGACGAGGAGGCCAGCCUGCAGAAGGGCCUCAAGUUCAACCUCAUCAAUGACAACGUCAACGACAGUCCCAGAAUUCACCUGCCCCUGAACUACCCGCCGGGAAGCCCCGAUCUGGGCCGGCACUACCGCUCCAACUCGCCCCUGCCCUCCAUCCAGCUGCAGCCGCAGUCGCCCUCCGCCUCCAAGAAGCACCAGGCCGUUCAGGAUCUGCCCGCCACCAACACCUUCGUGGGAACGGGCGACAACAACUCGACGGGCUCCGACCAAUAUUCGGAUUACAGCUACAAGGCCAACCCGCCCAAAUACAGCAACAAACAGGUAGGAGACUACUUAGUAAACACGGCAGGGUACGGCAGGAACAUCACGUGGACCAACCGGGUGUGGUAGCGCCGCCGGACUGACUCAUCAUCCUGCUACCAAAGCUGCACAGCACCACCUCCAAACGCCUCUCACCUUUUGCUUUUGGUUUGGUUCUGUUCACAGACUUUAUUUUAUUUUUUUACUUUUGUGUUGGUUUUCACCUCUUCGAUGGACUCACUCGCCACAGAUUCACAAGAAGGUUCAUGUUUUUUUCUCUUUUUAACCCUUUGAAAUCUGAGCAAUUUCACUUGAUUUCUUUAAAAAAAAAAAUUAAAAAAUUUGCAAAAAACUGUAAAAUAUUAGCCAAAAAGUACAAGAAAACAAAUUAGCAAAAACAUCAGAUUUUUUGUUUGUAAAUGCUUAUGAAAUGCUCAUCAAAUUCACAUGAUUUCCUUCAAAAAUGUGGGAAAAAGGAAAUGAACUCAAUUCGAGAGAAAUGAUAAAAAAAAAGCAAGAAAUUAGUA